UUUUCACAGGUCACUGAGGAAAGUGAAUUGAGGAGCGAAGAAGGUGAAGGGAGGCUGAGAAUGGGGACUUCGGUGCAAGUGACGCCGCUCUGUGGAGUGUACAACGAGAAUCCACUUUCCUACUUGGUCUCAGUCGACAGUUUCAAUUUCCUCAUCGACUGCGGUUGGAACGACCAUUUCGAUGCUUCCUUGCUCGAGCCACUCUCCAGGGUAGCUUCAACUGUUGAUGCUGUUUUGCUAUCACACCCCGACACGCUGCACCUUGGUGCUUUACCAUAUGCCAUGAAGCAGCUUGGUCUAAGUGCCCCUGUGUUUGCAACUGAGCCUGUGUUCAGAUUGGGACUCCUGACCAUGUAUGAUCACUAUCUGUCGCGAAAGCAAGUGUCAGAGUUUGAUUUGUUUACACUGGAUGAUAUUGAUUCUGCAUUUCAAAACAUGACCAGAUUGACUUACUCUCAAAAUUAUUAUAUGUCUGGGAAAGGAGAAGGAAUUGUUAUUGCUCCCCAUGCAGCUGGUCACCUUUUAGGGGGGACAGUUUGGAAGAUCACAAAAGAUGGGGAGGAUGUUAUAUAUGCUGUUGACUUCAAUCAUCGGAAGGAAAGGCAUUUGAAUGGGACAGUUUUAGAGUCUUUUGUGCGCCCUGCUGUUUUAAUAACAGAUUCGUUCAAUGCUUUGCUGAGUAAUCAACCUCCGAGGCGUCAAAAGGACCAGCAAUUCUUAGAUGUCAUAGUGAAGACGUUGAGAGCAGAUGGAAAAGUAUUACUUCCUGUAGAUACUGCUGGUCGAGUAUUGGAGAUACUUUUAAUUCUGGAACAGUACUGGGAGCAGAGCAACUUAACAUAUCCUAUCUUCUUCCUGACAUAUGUUUCAUCAAGCACAAUUGAUUAUGCUAAAAGUUUUCUUGAGUGGAUGAGCGACUCAAUAGCAAAAUCCUUUGAGCACACCAGAGACAAUGCUUUUCUUUUGAAACAUGUAACACUUUUAGUCAACAAGGCUGAGCUUGAAAAGGUCCCUGAUGGUCCAAAGAUAGUCUUAUCAUCCAUGGGAAGUUUAGAGGUUGGAUUUUCUCAUGAUAUUUUUGUUGAAUGGGCGGCAGACUCAAAGAAUCUUGUACUCUUUACUGAGAGAGGCCAGUUUGCCACACUGGCACGAAUGCUCCAGGCAGAUCCUCCUCCUAAAGCUGUUAAAGUUACGAUGUCAAAGAGAGUUCCCUUAGUUGGAGAGGAGUUGGCUGCUUAUGAAGAAGAACAAAAUCGAAAAAGAAAGGAAGAAGCUCUUAAAGCUGCUCUCAUCAAAGAAGAGGAAUCAAAGCCAACUUUGGAUGCAGAACUUGGAGCAGGAGACCCUAUGGACGUGGACACUACUAAGAAACAACCAUCAUCUAAUGCUGCUAGUUUGCAAUCCGGAGCAUUCAGAGAUGUGCUGAUUGAUGGAUUUGUUCCUCCCCCAAAUUGUGCUGGGCCUAUGUUCCCCUUUUAUGACAAGUCAUCUGAAUGGGAUGAUUUUGGUGAGGUGAUCGACCCCGAUGAGUACACUAUCAAGGAUGAAGAUAUGGACCAGUUAUCAACACUGGUUGAUGGUGACCUGAAUGGAAAGCUUGAUGAAGCAUCAGCAAGCUUGCUACUUGAUACAACACCGUCGAAAGUAGUGUCUUCAGAACAAACAGUCUAUGUCAAGUGCUCACUGCUUUAUAUGGACUUUGAAGGCCGCUCUGAUGGCAGCUCAAUCAAAAAGAUUCUUGGUCAUGUUUCCCCAUUAAAACUUGUCUUGGUGCACGGAUCUGCAGAAGCAACCGAACAUUUGAAGCAACACUGUCUAAAAUCCGUCUGUCAGCAUGUUUAUGCUCCUCAAAUUGAAGAAUCAAUCGAUGUCACUUCUGAUUUAUGUGCUUACAAAGUUCAACUUUCUGAGAAAUUAAUGAGCAAUGUUCUGUUCAAGAAGCUUGGCGAUUAUGAGAUAGCAUGGGUUGACGCCGAAGUGGGAAAGACAAAUAACGGUACAUUGUCUUUGCUUCCUCUCUCCGCCUCUGCUCCGCCACAUAAAACAGUUUUGGUGGGCGAUAUAAAAAUGGCAGAUUUCAAGCAAUUUCUUGCAAGCAAAGGUUUCCAGGUGGAAUUUGCCGGUGGAGCCUUGCGCUGUGGGGACUACGUGACUCUACGUAAAGUCGGAGAUUCCAGCCAAAAGGGUGGUGGCAAUAUUCAAUACAUCAUUCUUGAAGGCCCCUUAUCCGAGGAGUACUACAAAAUUCGUGAUCAUCUCUACUCACAAUUUUAUGCACUAUAAUUAUUUGCAUCCUUUUAUCUUUUUUCUAAAUUUUAUUUUAUCUCAAAAAAAUGAUUCGAUUUUCUAUUUAUGUUGUAAAUUAGCCCGAAUUAUUUCAUCUAACAUUACCAGAUUUCACAGCAGAUUUUGCAGUUGUUCCAAUUGGAUCUGAUCUGAUCUGGCAUGGCAGCUGCAGCUGCAGCUGCAGCGCCACUUUCAUGGGGUCACGUGGUGCUCACGUGAUCUAACGUGGUUUGGCAGGUUUAGGUUAAGUCCAAAUCUAGCGGUUUAACAUGUUGGAUUCGGUUGCACCACAAAGAUCUACAUAUAUAUAACAUGUUUUACUGUCGUUA